AACUCCUCAGAUGCGCACAUUUGCGAAUUGAUAGCGAAUACAACGCGACUCUCCAACUUGAUCGGUCGAAUUAACCUACUAAUGGGCAUUUGCACAUGCAUUGGUUUUGUAACAUAUCCCAUUUUUGGGACCGACCGUGUGCUGCCCUAUGGCAUGUAUAUUCCCGGUAUCGACAAAUAUGCCAGCCCUGCCUAUGAGGUAUUCUUUGUGGUGCAGGUAAUAAUGGCGCCGAUGGGCUGCUGCAUGUACAUACCGUAUACGAAUCUGAUUGUUACCUUCACACUGUUUGCCAUUCUCAUGUGCCAAGUACUGCAGCACAAGUUGCGCACCUUGCGGCAAUUACCAGGAAUUCGAGUGCGUGACGAAAUUAUAUGGUGCAUACGAUAUCAGAUCAAGCUGGCUGGCCUGGUCGAUGCCAUGAAUGAAUUGACCACCCAUUUGCAUCUGGUGGAGUUUCUAUGCUUUGGCGCAAUGCUUUGUGUAUUGCUCUUCUCGUUAAUCAUCGCACCAACAAUAAUUCAGUUUAUAAUCGUGAUAUUCUACAUGAUCAUGAUAUUUUCCAACACUGUUGUGCUCUACUACGUGGCCAAUGAGCUUUACUUUCAGAGUUUCUAUGUAUCCAUUGCCGCCUAUGAGAUCAACUGGAUGGAUCUGGAUAUAGAGACACAGAAGGUAGUCAAGUUUCUCAUUAUGCGUUCACAAAAGCCACUCGCUGUACUUGUUGGCGGCGUUUAUCCAAUGAAUCUAAAGAUGCUGCAGUCGCUGCUGAACGUCAUCUAUUCGUUUUUCACGCUGCUGCGACGCGUCUAUGGCUGAGCUGCCUUUAAGUUCUUUGUACACCGGACAAUGGCCAUAGAUUGAUUGCAUUUUCACUGCAUCUACUUCUCCUUUUCCUUUUUUUUGGCCAAUAAACGUUUGCCUCAAUUCGAUUGCAUGUCUAAAGCGGUUGCAAAAGCAUGUGAAAUAAACUAUAAUAAAAAUGCGUCUGCGUCUGGCUCUGCUCC